AUGCCCACAACUCCUCAUACUCUAAGGCGCGUUGCAUAUAGCUCAGCCUCCCAUGCCUUACUUGCCGGAAAUAGUAACCUCCAAACUCAAUUCGUCACUGCCGGCCAACUCCCAGCAGUCCAGGGUCCAAUCACCGGGGGAAACAAAGGCCAUCCUUUUAGUGCAUUUGCUGGAAACAUCUCCUCUAUCGGCUACAUCGAAGAAGAGUUUUUUCUCAGUGGCGAUGGUAUCCGAUAUAACGUCGUCGGUAACUUGACAAGCGAUGGGCAUUGGACCCUAGCCUACAACAGCACUGCUCCAUACAAAACUCGUAUGCUCGUCCGACGCCCAGUAGACCAUAAAAAGUUCAACGGCGAUGUUCUCGUCGAGUGGAUCAAUGUCUCCGGCGGGUUCGGCAUUACAUCUACUGAUCUUCCAGGCGUCUAUGAAGAAGGCUACAUAUGGGCCAGCAUUGACGCCCAAGCGAUUGGUAUCGAAGGUGGAGCUUCUCAUCCUCAGGGGCUCAUUCAGUGGGAUCCUGUACGAUACGAUACGUUGAGCAUUCUUGAUGAUGCUAUUUCCUAUGAUAUUGUCAGUCAGGCUACCAAUGUUUUGCGAAGUGUCAAUGUCACUGGCGGUCAAAUUCCCAAGCACGUUAUCCUGGUUGGGGCUUCUCAAUCCGGUAGCCAAGUUUUAGGCUAUACAAAUGGUGUCCAGCCUUUGAACAACUCGUAUAAUGCCAUCAUUCCAGCUAUCUGCGCUGGUGCUUCCUCGGAUUUCAGUCCAGUCCCUGCCCACCGCACUCCCGAAGUAGCUACGGACUCAAACGGAGUGAUGGACUGUGUUCGAAAUGCCGAUGGUAAUACUAAGGGCGGAAUCCGUCUUCCGGAGCUUGCAGUCCCCGUGGCCGGAUACAAUGGUAUUAACAAUGGUCUCUCUGGCAACACCUAUCCAUUUUGCGAUUCAAAGCUGCAGACAUUGUAUCCAACUCACCAAGAGUAUGUUGCCAAAGUUAAAGCGGCUGCCCGUGUGUUUCUGAAUCAAAAGGCCAUUUUGGAAUACCAGGUUAAGAAUUACGUGCGCGCAGCCGAGGCAGCAAACGUGCCUCCCCGGUCGACUAGCAAUUAA